AUGAAUAUCCGCUGCGCAAAGCCUGAAGAUCUGAUGAAUAUGCAGCACUGUAACUUGCUGUGCCUGCCGGAAAACUAUCAGAUGAAAUACUAUUUCUAUCACGGGCUUACAUGGCCGCAGCUCAGUUAUGUUGCAGAAGACGACAAAGGAAAUAUCGUAGGUUACGUGUUGGCCAAGAUGGAGGAACCGGAACCUGGCGAGGAGAGCACACAUGGACAUAUCACUUCGCUAGCUGUUAAACGUUCAUACCGUCGACUUCGGCUGGCCCAGAAACUCAUGAAUCAGGCUUCCCAAGCAAUGGUGGAAUGUUUCAACGCUCAGUACGUGUCACUGCACGUGAGAAAGUCUAAUCGGGCCGCCCUAAACCUGUACACCAAUUCAUUAGGUUUCCGGAUUCUGGAAAUCGAACCCAAGUACUAUGCGGACGGUGAAGACGCCUAUUCGAUGCGACGUGAUCUGCUGGAGUUUUCGAAGGUAGUUUCGGCAGCUCGGGAAAUAAACUCAAAUUCGGAGCAUAAUGACGAAGUAAUAAUUAACCACCGAGGUGGUAACCAUGCUGGACACGAUGGCCAUUGCUGCUAGGGUUGGUGGGCUAGGGCAUACUUUAUAGGGACAACAUGGAUUGGAUGGAAAUAAUGGUAAGGUCGAUUCUUCGAUUUGAUCAAUAAAUUUGAACUGUGUUCA